AUGACUGACGCUGCUCUCCGCCUGGGCUCCAUUGCCCCCAACUUCAAAGCUCUGACUACCCAGGGCGAGAUUGACUUCCACGAAUUCAUUGGUAACAGUUGGACCAUUCUCUUCUCACACCCGGCCGAUUUCACACCGGUGUGCACCACUGAGCUGGGUGCCUUCGCCCGCCUUCAGGAUGAGUUUGAUCAGCGCGGAGUGAAGAUGAUCGGAUUGGCAAGUCCCUCCCAUCUCUCCAUGGGUUCCCAUGCCGACUGGAUCAAGGACAUCAAUGAAGUCAACUCCACUCAAGUCAAGUUCCCCAUCAUUGCCGAUGCGGACCGCAAAGUUGCCUACCUUUACCAAAUGAUCGAUCAACUCGAUUUGGAAAAUGUCGACAGCAAGGGCAUCGCCUUCACCAUCCGCUCCGUCUUCAUUAUCGACCCUAACAAGAAGAUCCGCCUGAUCAUGGCUUACCCUGCUUCCACUGGCCGUAACACCGCUGAAGUUCUGCGUGUGAUCGACUCGUUGCAGACUGGUGAUAAGAGAGGUGUCACCACACCCGUUAACUGGCUGGUGGGUGAGGACGUUAUUGUACCACCAACUGUUAGCACCGAGGAUGCUAAGAAGAAGUUCGGCGAGAUUCGUGAAGUGAAGCCUUACCUUCGCUUCACCACUCUCAAGGAGUAA